GGCGUCGCUCUUGCAGCCCCUGGAGUGUCCUAGCGGAGGUCGCUCGAUUGCGCUUCUCUCGACCCUCUCGACAAGCUCGAGUCCAGUCCUUAGCCGCUGUUCUCACUAGAAGUCCUCUUCCUAAAGCCGCCUUGACCAAGUAGCUCCAUCAGCUCGCGACUCAUCCGGGCCAUCUCGUCAUGGAUGUUGCGUCUUCAGCAGGCGAUGAAGGGGCGCACUUCCCUUGAGCGGCCGACCAGAGCGUCGUCGCUUCGGCCGCCGCCACAGCCACCGAGCAGCAUGCUCGUGGCUCUAUCGUCGAGGAUUUCGCAUCGCCUCUAUUGCCUCCUUGUGGACGGCGUCGCCGACCAAAGACGACGCACGCCUACUCGCCGGCAUAUCGUCUCUGCGGUCACAACGAAUGUCUUGCGCUCUAGGGUAGUCUACGCUGGUGGGACGGUCCUUGCAUCGUCGAGCUCCCUGCAGACCACCUACGACUCGGCGCCGCGGGCAGCGGAUCUGCUCGCAAGGCGAACUGGUCCGCACACGGGCGGGUUACCAUGGACAAUGUGGAGAUUUGUCGCGCCGUCGACGACUGGCGCCACAAAUAUGCAGGCGCGGUCAUGGCACCGCUCACUAUACUUUCGGCGCCCUUGCUCAAUCCCAAUUAGACAGUCUUUGUCGGAUCUACCCGAGCAUGAGCUAAGUUGUCACGUCGUGCUGGUCCAUGCAGAGCCUGCCAGUGGCGUCCCCUCUACUGCUUUCUCAGCCUCUGCAUCUUCCUUUAUGUCCCAUAGCCCCUGGCACAGAUGUCCUCCCUACCCUGCCUCGCACCACGCCGUCGCCGCUCCCAGCGAUCGCCGCAGAGGUCAUCGACUCGCCUUCAACCACGCCAUACUACUCUAUGACGCCUACCAUUGAUCCUCUACCGUCGCGAUUCCGCACGAGGUCACCCUUCGUCCACGAUGUUGUGCCCGGUCUAGUCCAACACCCGGACCACCUCGUCUCGAGUGUUCGCCCAAUAUCCCUUUUCUAUCUUUUAGAUACAGUGCGUUGUACGCUAUGUCCCAUCAGAUUUCCCUUCAUAUAUCGCCAGAGAUGUCGAUUGAGCCAGCAACUCGCGCGGCUUUGACCUUAUUGCAUCGCAGCCGCCGUGCGAUGGCAAUUGCUGUCCCUAAAAUGACGAGGCGAUCCUUGCAGUCGAGUUCAAGGUAGCCUCAAAGCAAUCCGUGGGGCAGCGUCGUAAGACAAAGUCCAACUUGAGAAG